AUAGCCCACGUUACCAUGGCCACCCACUUCUCCAAGGAUCAGGAGGAGAGAAUCAAGUGUGUUAAGGGGGACCUUUUCUCAUGCCCCCAGACGGACUCCUUGGCUCAUUGCAUCAGUGAGGACUGUCGCAUGGGUGCAGGCAUAGCUGUUCUUUUUAAGAAAAAAUUUGGAGGCGUCCAAGAGCUGUUGGAUCAACAAAAGAAAACUGGGGAGGUGGCUGUUCUCCAAAGAGAGGACCGAUACAUUUACUACCUGAUUACAAAGAAGAAAGUUUCUCACAAACCGACGUAUGACACUAUGCGAAAGAGUUUAGAGGCCAUGAAAGCUCACUGUCUAAACAAUGGAGUCACUGACAUUUCCAUGCCCAGAAUUGGAUGUGGUCUUGAUGGCCUGGAGUGGAGUAAAGUUUCAGCAAUACUUGGGGAGGUGUUUGAAGACACAGAUAUAAAGAUCACAGUUUACAGUCUGUAA